GACGGUCACACCCGCCUGCACACAUCUGUGGAAUUGGUUAAUUUCGAAAGUCCGGAAAAACCGGACGGAACCUUUCACCUCGCUCUGGACCAGUGGCACCGCCCUCGAGUAUCGCAAGAUGUCUAUUAACCUGCGCACCGUCUACGCCUUCGCCCGCGAGAUGUACCCAAAGACCUCCAAGGAGACCAUCCAAUAUGGAACAGCUGGCUUUCGCGGCAAAGCUGAGUUCCUGGACAGCGUGAUGUUCCGCAUGGGCGUUCUGGCCACCCUGCGAUCCCGGUAUCGCGGAGGCUCCGUCAUCGGCGUAAUGAUCACGGCAUCGCACAAUCCGGAGCCGGACAACGGAGUGAAGCUGGUCGAUCCCAAGGGCGAGAUGCUGGAGGCCAGCUGGGAGGCGAUAGCCACCGAUCUGGUCAACGUCAGCGACCAGGAGCUGGAGCAGCAGGUGGCCAAGAUCAUAAAGGACAACAACAUCGAUGUGACGACCAGUUCGCAGGUGUUUGUGGGCAUGGACAACAGAUACCACAGUCCGCGGCUGCUGAAAGCGGUGGCCGAUGGCGUGAUAGCGCUGAAGGGUAACGUCAAGGAGUACGGCAUCGUGACCACACCCAUGCUGCACUACUUCGUGGUGGCGGCGAAUACCAAGGAGGCCUACGGCAAGCCCACCGAGGAGGGUUACUACGAUAAGCUGAUCAAGGCAUUCGAACUGCUGCGCAACGGACGCCUGGAGAACGGCAACUAUCGCAACAGCAUCAUCUACGAUGGUGCCAACGGCGUGGGUGCCCGCAAGAUGCUGCAGUUCAUCAAGCGCAUGAAGGGCUCCCUGAACGUGACGGUCAUUAACCAGGGCAUCGGGGUCGGCAAGAUCAACGAGGACUGCGGCGCCGACUACGUGAAGGUGCAGCAAAGGCCGCCGAAAUCCAUGCCCGAGGAUGUGAAGCCCUACACGAGAUGCGUCAGCGUGGAUGGCGAUGCCGACCGGGUGGUGUACUUCUUUACCGACGACAAGGGCGAGUUCCAUCUGCUCGAUGGCGAUCGCAUAGCCACCCUGGUCGCCGGCUAUCUCAUGGAACUGGUCACGCAAUCGGAGAUCAGCCUGCGGCUGGGCCUGGUGCAAACUGCCUACGCGAAUGGUGCAUCCACGGACUACAUAGUCGACCAGCUGAAGUUUCCCGUUUCGUGCGUACCCACGGGCGUGAAGCAUCUGCACCACAAGGCCCUGGAGUACGACAUUGGUGUUUACUUCGAGGCGAAUGGCCACGGAACGAUUGUGUUCAGUGACAAUGCCAAGGCGACGAUUGCCCAAGUGGCCCAAACCAAGGAGAGUGCCAAGACCUUGCUGCUGCUCAUCGAUCUGAUCAACGAGACCGUGGGCGAUGCCAUAUCCGACAUGCUGCUGGUGGAAACAAUCCUAAAUCACAAGGGCUGGGAUGUCCAGGACUGGAUCUCGUCGUACAACGAUCUGCCCAACCGGCAGCUGAAGGUGAAGGUGCAGGAUCGCAAUGUCAUCGAGACGACGGAUGCGGAACGCGUGUGCGUGAAGCCCGAGGGUCUGCAGACGGAGAUCAACCAGGUGGUGGCCAACUACAAGCGGGGACGCUCCUUCGUCCGUCCCUCGGGCACCGAGGAUGUGGUGCGCGUCUAUGCCGAAGCAGCCACCAAAGAGGACACCGAAAUUCUUGCCUACGAAGUGGGUCUGCUGGUCCAGAAUCUGGCCGGCGGAGUUGGUCCUCCAUUGACCAAGCCCAACAGCAGUGCCCACCUGUAGAGCGGAAUAACGAACCGACCUCACGGGAAUCGACAAUUGACACAGAUCCUGGAUGGAGCAACAAAUCUCUUUACUCUAAGGUGCUCAAUAACUUAAAA